AUAUAUACAAUAGCCAUGCCGGGUCAUCCUCUCUUCGAUGAUUGGGAGGGGGUGAUAUACUCGGUACAUAUACUCGGUGUUCUUGUAUACAUUAUAUAAGGCAGCCACGACUCUUGUGCACAUCUUUUCGCCAGUGAGACGGAAUAGACAGACUGAAUAGGCACAGUAACUGGCAAAGGAUCUGCACAAUUCGUCACCUCUGUCGUGCAUGGGGGAACUUGGGACCGUCUGGAUUGGGAGUCGAGCCCCUGGAUAGUCGCAGGGAGAAUGGAAAAGGGGCCCAGCGACUUUCUCGAUUCGGCUGCGGAAGACGAAGCGGGUGGAACGGCGACUCCGGCCAUUGUUGUUGCUAUUUGGUGACUUUGUGCUCAAUGCACCCAUCCUGGACUCACCAAUAACUGUGAGGCGAGGAACAAACAAGGAUGAUGAUGAGGAUGAGGAUGACGGGCCGUUGAACUUGCCCUUUUCAGGUUUGCCCGAACGACAACUCGACAUCUUACUCAUACCACUGUAAUUGUCACUGUCCAUCCUCACCAGCGCUGCAGGCAGGCCACUCUCGUUUUAUGAGGCGAAUAUCGAAUAUCGACACUGUCACUCGCUCGGGGGUGACACAUUCUUUCGUGAUUCUCAAUCAGGCUAUGUCCUCACUCACCCUCCUCCGCCGACCCGUCCUUCGCUUUUGGUCCCCCUUGUGACACCGCCAUGCUCCUCGCUGCGCCCACGCGGCUCAACUUUAUCGUCGUCGGACUCGUCAUUACCGCAUUCAUCCUCUUCUAUAGCUCCUUUCGGUCUCCCAGCCUGGAAGAGCAAGAUGUCUUUGAUGCCGCAGAAGCAGACGCCAUUCCCACCCUCCUCGAGGCGUCCCUGGCGCAUUCCCCAGUCCAAACUACCCAUGCCGAUGAGGUAACCCAUCGAAUUCAACCGGACGAUUUCGCCUCUCGAGUGCAGAACGAGACGCUGGGCUUCCAAGAGGUAUACAUGAUAUCAUUACCGGGAAGGACGGAUAAGCAAGAUGCGUUUGCCAUGCAAGCCGCCUUCUCCGAAAUUUCUUAUAAACAGGUGGACGGAGUCUAUGGCCACGAGGUUCCUGUGAAGGCGCUACCCCACACUAUGGGCCAAAGUUCCAAUGUCAUCGGAUGUUGGCGCGCGCAUGUGAAUGUCUACCAGAGAAUGGUGCACGAAAAGGUCUCGUCAGCAUUGAUUUUCGAAGAUGACGCUGAUUGGGACGUCUCUUUCAAAGAGCAACUGGUUCAGUUCGCGCGAGGCUCGAGGUUCAUCACCAACACUUCCGAGGAUGCAUUCUCCCACUCUCCGUAUGGGCAUGAUUGGGACAUAUUGUGGAUUGGACACUGCGGCACCUGGGUCCUUCCGGACGACAACCGCCGAUUCUUCGUCAUCCCAGACGACUUCACCGUCCAACCUCCCGAGGCCCGCGCCGAUAACGUCGACCAGCCCGAUAUGAGUCACUGGGAAAGCGGUCCUCAUGGCGACAAUCGGACGAGAAUCGUUUUCCACUCGGAGGGAGGGGUCUGCACAGCGUCAUACGCGAUCUCUCAAAAAGGCGCCCGGAAGGCUCUAUAUUAUCUCUCCAUGGUGCCAUACAACAGUCCGGUCGACUGGGGAUUGGCCAAUCUUUGCAAGAACAAAGAAUACGAAUUCACCUGCGUAUCACCAUGGCCGCAACUCGUUGGGGUCUCUCGACCCACGGCGAACACGGCCAAAUGGAGCGACAUCGGAUAUGGUCCAGACUCGGAGAGAGUGGUCGAGCAAGGUAGCUCACUGCAUUUGGUCUAUCCUACCCGGCAGAACAUCCCCAAUUUUCUCCACGGGAAAACGACAUUCCACAGUCAGUAUCCCGAUAUUGCACCACCAAUGAGCAUCAAAGAGAUUGGAAAGGCGGUCGGUCACAUUGAAAUCCUGGAACCUCAGAAUCUGCCCGACCAGGGAUGAAAUGUUGGAGUGAUUGCGCUUCGGCCUCGCUCACAUGAAGGCAGCCGCACCCCAACUCUGUCGCUCCAGUCUACAACGUCCCGAUCUUGAAGUCGGUGGUGACGGAUGUCUCACGAAGCAGCUCCGCCUAAUCAUCAGCGUGUUGUCGGGUCUACGAGGUCAUAUGUCACGAGCGACAAUUCCCCAUCACCUUUUUCAAACUGGCUCUGUUCUUCAAGUCGGUGGAGCCUGUGCGAGUUCCAGAAACACGGCAAGGACCCCUGCCGCUCCCGCCUACCAGCCUCUGCUCGAGACUUGGUGUGACCCGAGCUUGAAGCGGGUCAGUCGCAGCACUGCCUGCGCCGUGAUUGAUCUACGCUCUGCCAGAAUCUUGGACAUUCUCGGGUUGAUUUGAGAUUCGAAAGCCACACAUUGGGUAAGGAUUUGGCAGAGGAAAGAACCUUUUUGCAUUUGUCUUUGGAUAGUCGAGCGAUACCCCUGUUGGAUUAGAUGCAGCAAUUGAUAUUCUAUUCUUCCGUCAGAACUACUCGUAUCCCAACUUCUUCUACACCUA